CGGCCGGUACCCGGGAGGAGCGCGGCGGCGGGCGCUGGCCUGUCCGGGGCCUGUCUUGCCCCGGGGCUGCGCCUGCCCGCGGCCGCCAUGGAGCUGGAGGUGCCUGAGGAGGCGGAGGGCUCGGCGGCGGCGAGUGCCGGUGCCAUCACUCCGGAGGCCGGCGUAGGGGGACCGGACGCGUCAGGAGGUCUGGGCCCAAAGAAGACACCCAUCACUGAGGGCCCCUCACUGCCAGGACAGCCAGGCCAAGGAAAGAGGAUUGGUCAUCGAAGUGUGGAUGCUUCUGGGGAAACCACCUACAAAAAGACCACCUCAUCCACUCUGAAGGGGGCCAUCCAGCUGGGGAUUGGAUAUACUGUGGGAAAUCUGAGCUCCAAGCCAGAGAGGGAUGUCCUGAUGCAGGACUUCUACGUGGUGGAGAGCAUUUUUUUCCCAAGCGAGGGCAGUAACCUCACCCCAGCUCACCACUUCGCCGACUUCAGGUUCAAGACCUACGCCCCCGUGGCUUUCCGCUACUUCCGGGAGCUCUUUGGGAUUCGUCCAGAUGAUUAUUUGUAUUCGUUGUGCAACGAGCCUCUGAUCGAGCUGUCCAACCCCGGCGCCAGCGGCUCCCUCUUCUACGUCACCAGCGACGACGAAUUCAUCAUCAAAACUGUGAUGCACAAGGAAGCUGAAUUCCUGCAGAAGCUCCUUCCUGGAUACUACAUGAAUCUGAACCAGAACCCCCGGACUCUGCUGCCCAAGUUUUAUGGACUGUACUGUGUGCAGUCCGGGGGCAAAAACAUCCGCGUGGUGGUGAUGAACAACAUCCUGCCCCGAGUGGUGAAAAUGCACCUCAAGUUCGACCUCAAGGGUUCAACCUACAAACGCCGGGCGUCCAAGAAGGAAAAAGAAAAGUCCAGCCCUACGUACAAGGAUCUGGACUUCAUCCAAGACAUGCCUGAGGGCCUCAUGCUGGAUGCAGACACCUUCAGUGCUUUGGUGAAGACGUUGCAGCGAGACUGUCUGGUAUUGGAAAGCUUUAAAAUCAUGGACUACAGCCUGCUGCUUGGGGUUCACAACAUAGACCAGCACGAGAGGGAGCAGCUGUCGGAGGGAGCCCACAGCACGUCGGACGAGAAGCGCCCCGUGGGGCAGAAGGCCCUGUACUCCACAGCCAUGGAGUCCAUCCAGGGAGGGGCUGCCCGCGGCGAGGCCAUCGACACCGACGACACGAUGGGAGGGAUCCCAGCAGUGAACGGCAAAGGAGAGCGUCUCCUGCUGCACGUGGGAAUCAUCGAUAUCCUGCAGUCAUACAGGUUCAUCAAGAAGUUAGAGCACACCUGGAAGGCCCUUGUCCACGAUGGGGACACGGUGUCAGUACACAGACCCAGCUUUUAUGCAGAGAGAUUCUUCAAAUUCAUGACCAACACGGUGUUUCGAAAGAAUUCCUCUCUGAAGUCGUCCCCGUCCAAGAAAGGGCGCAGUGCCUUGCUGGCCGUGAAGACGGCGGGUCCCACGGCGGCGUUCUCAGCCAGCCAGCUGGCCUCCGACAAGGACGACACCCAGUACGACCUGCGGGCGGCGCGGAGCUACCCCACGCUGGACGAUGAAGGUGCUAAACCUAACCAGGACAGGGAAGAAGCAGGCAGGCCAGACCUGCUCCCUUGCACUCCUCCUUCCUUUGAAGAAGCUACCACGGCCUCCAUAGCCACGACACUAUCGUCAACAUCUCUGUCUGUCCCCGAGCGAUCCCCCUCGGAGUCCUCUGAGCAGCCCAGGUACAGGAGGCGUACACACUCCUCAGGGCAGGAUGGCAGGUCACACGAGGAGGGGCGGGUCCAGGAGGAGGUUCAGCAAAUCAGUGUCGAGCUGGAGCCCAAGUGUGACGUUGAGAUUGUAGCUCCUGAAGAAGAAGUCAAAGAAGAGGCAGCUUCUUCAGCCUGUGCCAUUGUCACAUCCCCAGCCACCAUAGAGGUGGAGACGGCCAGCCAGGCCUCGGAGCCAGCCAGCCAGGCCUCGGAUGAAGACGACGUGCCAGUCACAGACAUUUACUUUGCUGCAUUAGGUGAUGCAGUGGGAGUCUAGUGCUGAGCCAGGGAUUCACAGAUGGGAGGUACUGGAUUUACUCUCCCCGCCAGCGCAGACUCCGAACUACCUCGCAUUCCUCUGGGAUUGUAAGUGACCACACCAGCACAGCAUGUAGGGGAGCAGAGCUGCAGCUUUGAAACACUGGGGCCAGCAUCCCAUUUCUCUCAAUGGCUGGGGCUCUGGAUUGAGUGGGCAUUAGGAACCAGCCCAGCAGAAAUGGGGGAAGCAUAUUGAAAUGACACCAGUGGAUCUCCUUGCAGGAUCUGAGAGAAUCAUGAGCUCUGUCCCUUUUCUGCAGACUGGUGACACAACUCCUACCCUGGGAUGGGCCGUAGUUUCACCCAGCCCUUGGAAAAACUGAGAGUAGUGAGGCCCUGGCACAGGGUACCCAGAGAACCUGUGGUUGCCCUCUCUCUGGAAAUGUCCAAGGUCAGAGUGGAUGGGUUUGAAGCAGCCUGGGAUACUGGAAGGUGUCCCUGCCCAUGGCAAGGGGGAAUACAGGGUGAUCUUCUAUCCCAAACUGUUCUGUGAGUCUUAGUACCAGAUCUGGCCAGAGAGGCCCUGGGGCCUCCAUAGGGGAUGUCAGGCUCAGCUGCCUCAGCCCAGGAAGAGGGUUUUAAAGACACAAUUAAGAUAUUUUGAAGAUUGUAAAACUCCAGUAGCAAACAGAACUGUUUUAGCUUGUGGGGAGCAUCUCAUAAACCAAAUGAGACAGGAGCUGGUACUGAGUUAGGGCUGGUUUCAGCUCUCCAGCCCUUCUCAGGGUCACCAGUGUGCUCCCUCCUCACCUUCAGGUGUUCUGUGAGCAGGUAGGAUUUUCCUUUCCAAAAGAUGCAGGGAGGCAUUUGAGCUCUUAGGGGCUGAAUCUAGAGCUGAGAUUGUUCUGGGGUUUAGCAUUUAGCUUCUCAUGCUUUGGGAGAGCUGCUGUCCCCAGGGGGUGGUGGCAGUGCUGCUGCUGGUGCAGCCUGGUGCUGCCAUUUGGGGUACAGGCAGGGUGCAUGGGGAAGCAGGGGCAGGGAUGUGCCCCUGGCUGUUGCUGAUGGCAUGAGGAAGGUGCUGCUGGGCAAACAGGCAACUCCUCCUGCAGCCCCUCCUGCGCCUCAGCUGGGUUUUGGCUGCCAAAAACAGCAGGGGAGGGGUAAUGCCAAGCACUGGGUGCUCUUUCAUCUCCUGCAGCUCCCUGCAUGCAUCCAAGCUCCUAAAAGGCUCUGAAAGAGACUGGCUGGAGCAUGUGGUUCAGUCAGGAUGGAUGAGCCAUCAUGGAUGAAAAAGGAUGUGGGACAAGCUUGAUGUGGUGGGGAGGUUUCCUGUACCUCUGACAGAGCUCUGUGAGAAGCUCCAGGCUGGGGCUUCUCAGCCUUCCUUCCUCCAGCAGUCUCUGCUAAUGGAGCUGCAGUUCCUGGGGCGUUCAGCAUGUGGAGCCCAGUGCUUCAAAGCUUCUCUGGCUUCUUUUAGUUCCUUGUACAUUGUAGGCUGUCGCACUCAGUUCCUGGGCUGGGAACACUGCAGGCUUCUUCCAAACACCCAGUUCUGCACUAUCUUCCUUUGCAAAUGCCAGGCUGGGUCAAAGGGGGCAGUUUCUUCUCUGUGGGAGCUCCUCUGGAGACGAAAUAGCCUGUUUGCAAUGUAAAUGGGGUCCCCCUGGGAACACUGUCAGCAGAGACCAGCCCUUGAAUCUGUGCUGUGUAGGCAGCAGUGUGUGUCUUCUCACAGCAGUGCCCAGUGCUAUUAUAACUGUCCCUCAAGGCACACCUCCUUCCCCUCAUUCUUUCCAGGGUCCCAUUGUGUUUUGCCUCCUGUGUUGUACUUGUUCCCAUCACCCCACUGUCCCCAAAAUCUCAGCAAUAACUGUUUCCUUUCUGUGGCCACCAUCCUCCAUGGUCUCACCCCAGCUCCACUGCCUUCUGCAGAGAAGGAGGAAGGCACAACAAACAAAUCCAGUUUCCCAGGAAAAGCCCUCCUGGAUAUCAGUUUGUAGCAUGCACAGGGCUCUGGAAAAGGGAAGGUGAGAGCUGGUAGCAGGAGCCAGGAGCUGUCACUGCUCUUAGGUAAGUCACUUCCCAAAUCUCUCAGUUUCUCUGCAGCCAGGAUGGUGCCAUGGCCGGGAGCUGAGGUUUCCCUGACAUCUCAAAAGCUCUAAAACUCUGUCCCUAUGAGAGGAGAGGGUGUGCCACCCCCAGUGCAGCUGGCACAGGUCCCCUGCCCCGGUUGGCAGGGAGCCGGUGUGUGCUGAGGAUGAGGAGGGCUCCUCUGCUGAGAGCUGCCUCUGGGCUCAGUGCUCUCCCUCCAGGUGGACAGCUGUUCUUACUGUAUUGUUUCCUGCUCUUUUUAUUUUCUCCUUUUAUUUUUUCCUCUUCUCUCCUUUGCUCCCUGCUCUGCUGCUGCUCUCCCUGCAUUCUCCCUGCCGUCUCUGGCCACUC